CCGAAAACCGACAAGCCUUCAAUCAGGUUCGACUGGAUGUAAUUCAGAUGUCGUUCAAAUGAUAACAAGAGGAGAAAACUAACAUCAUAUCCGACGCUCUUCAGUGGCUCUCCUGUGACUGAUAUAUGUUCUGACUCAGGCAGUGUCAUGUUGCGAAGACCACUCACUUCCAUCGAAAUAAAGGCAGACGAUAUUGACCAUAUGGAAAAGGUUUUGCUAGAGUUAUAUCAAAAAAGAGAUCCUUCGAAAACACCUAUGGAAACUGAUACUAACUACACAACACCUUCAACAGCGAUUUCCAGUGAACCCAAGCGACCUGUAUCUCCUACGGAGACGCUGUCUUCUAUGGAUACCUCUGGGAACCAAACUUUACCAACCUUUAUGUCUCCAGGAAACAGCUUCACCAAUGAAGGAUCCGCUUGAUGCAUCUUUCUCAUCUUGGAAAUAUGUUGAUUGCAAUGUCUAAAUGUUACGGGUUGUAAAUCAAACAUUUUUUGAUUCAAGUAAAAUUUGCGAAAU